UGACUCGCUCCAUACACGCAUACGCUCCCAACAAAGAAAUUGUUUGAAUGUGUAAGUUUGCCGGCUACUGCCGGAAUGAAUAAAGCACUGUCUGCGACAGAUUCACAGUUGUGUUUAGUAGGCGAGAGUGACAGCAACCGUAUCUAAGCAAAUUAUAAGUCGCCAUGGAUUUCUAUUACGACCUCGUAUCUGCGCCUUGCCGAUCAGUUCUACUGCUCUCCAAAGCAUUGGGUCUUGAAUUGAAUCGCAAGACACUGGACUUGAGCAAAGGUGAGCACUUGGCAGCCGAAUUUCUGAAGCUCAAUCCGGAACAUACCAUUCCCACGUUGGUGGACAAUGGCUUCUCGGUUUGGGAGUCACGUGUUAUACUUAUCUAUUUGGUGGAGAAAUAUGGCAAAGACGACUCGCUGUACCCGAAAAGCCCCAAAGAGCGGACUAUUGUCAACCAACGUAUAUUCUUCGACCUGAACUUGUAUGCAGUCUUCAGCAAUUAUUAUUAUCCCAUCGCUAGAGAUAAGCUGCCGCCAGUGCCGGAGGACUUGACCAAACUUGAGGAUAAAUUGGAAAUUUUGAAUUCAUUCUUGGAGGCGCAAACAUACGUCGCUUAUUAUAGCUUGUCGAUUGCCGAUUUCACCUCGUAUGCCACAGUCUCGACCAUAGCGACAUGUUUGGACUAUGAUUUGAGCAAAUACCCAAACAUUGCCCGUUGGUUUGCACAUCUCAGCAAAACACUGGCCGGCGCAGAUGAAAAUCAGAAAGGUUGUGAUUUAUUUAAGGUAUAUGUGUGGUAGUUGACGUUUCAGCGAUCCACUCAUGAAUUGUGGAACAAGUGAGAAAAAUGGAACGCUUCGAUAAUAAAAAUAAGUUCAUAAACACAUUGUAGUCAUCAUCACUUUGUAGCUUAUCAGUUCAGUAUAAAUAAAUAUAUUACCAUAUUGGUAUGUACAGCCGAAUAA